UUGAUAAGGCUUCUGUGACGUCAGAUGCAAGACAAGUUAGGGAACCUGCCCACAGCUAUACUGCCCUGUGUCUCCUGGAGUAUUAGGAAUCAAGAGGUACUUUAAAUGAACGUGGAUUGUAUUCAGAAGUGAAAGCGUUGCAGAGUGAAAGCGUUCCUCCGUGGAUUCCUGUGGAAAAUGGGUGCACUGCAAACCUUCAGAGAGUUCAGUGUUCUGGGAUGGCUAAGAGAAGGCAGGCAGUCGAGGAGGCUUAUUCUUCUGAUCGUGUUCGUUGCACUUCUUCUGGACAACAUGCUCCUCACUGUAGUCGUGCCCAUUAUCCCCAGCUACUUGUACACAGCAGAUCACAAAGCCUCUCCAGUGAAAAACCAGACGGCCAGUCCUGGGCCGGACACUGUGCCCUCCUCAAACACUUUUCAAAACAUCUUCUCCUACUAUGACAACUCCACCAGGCUGCCUGGCAACACCACUGAGGAGACAUCCCAAAGAGCAGCCCGUUUCUCCUACACCACCACCACCACCAGCCCCGUCACCAAUGCCACUGAAGCCCCAGCAGACUGUCCCAAAAAGGACAAGCGCCUUUUAAAUGAAAAUGUGAAAGUGGGUUUACUGUUUGCUUCAAAAGCUACCGUGCAGUUGAUAACUAAUCCCUUCAUCGGACCUCUGACCAACAGAAUAGGAUACCAGAUUCCUAUGUUUGCUGGCUUUUGCAUCAUGUUUCUGUCCACUGUCAUGUUUGCUUUUUCUGAAAGCUAUACUUUACUUUUCCUGGCGAGGUCUCUGCAGGGAAUCGGGUCCUCCUGUUCGUCAGUGGCAGGUAUGGGGAUGCUGGCUAGUGUCUACACGAAUGACGAGGAACGAGGGAAUGCCAUGGGGAUUGCAUUAGGAGGCCUGGCUAUGGGAGUGCUGGUUGGCCCCCCCUUCGGCAGCGUGAUGUACGAGUUUGUGGGGAAAACGGCACCUUUUCUGAUUUUAGCAGUAUUGGCACUGCUCGAUGGAGCUCUGCAGCUUUUUAUUCUGCAGCCAUCAAAAUCAGCACCUGAAAGCCAGGAGGGAACAUCACUUUUUGCACUUUUGCGGGACCCUUAUAUCCUCAUUGCCGCAGGAUCCAUAUGCUUUGCUAACAUGGCCAUCGCAAUGCUAGAGCCAGCACUGCCAAUAUGGAUGAUGGAGACCAUGUGUUCAAGAAAAUGGCAACUUGGCGUUGCUUUUGUCCCCGCCAGCAUCUCCUACCUUAUUGGAACCAACAUCUUUGGCGUUCUUGCUCACAAAAUGGGAAGGUGGCUUUGUGCCCUGAUCGGAAUGGUACUUGUAGGAGUAAGCAUCUUAUGUGUGCCUUUUGCCAAAAACAUAUAUGGGCUCAUUUUACCAAAUUUUGGAGUUGGUUUUGCCAUUGGCAUGGUGGAUUCUUCGAUGAUGCCUAUAAUGGGUUACCUUGUUGACCUGCGCCAUGUUUCUGUCUAUGGAAGUGUGUACGCCAUCGCAGAUGUGGCCUUCUGCAUGGGGUUUGCAUUGGGCCCUUCCACUGGUGGUGCGAUUGCUCGAAGCAUUGGGUUUCCCUGGUUGAUGACGAUCAUUGGGAUCAUUGACAUACUCUUUGCGCCACUCUGCUACUUCCUCAGAAGCCCACCAGCCAAGGAAGAGAAAAUGGCGAUAUUAAUGGAUCACAAGCAUCCAGUCAAGACCAGAAUGUACACUCAGAACAGCAUGCAACCAUACCCUCUAGAAGAAGAAGAGUCUGAAAGUGACGAGUAACAGGAGCCAUAUGUGUAUGUUACCCUCAGAAUAUCUAUUUUGUUGUACAAAAAAUAGCAGUGUGUUUAUGUGAAUGUCCCAUUUUAAAUGUCUGUUUCCUAAAUGUACGGUGUCAAUAUAGUGUAGCAUUGAAGCAUACCAAAGCUGUUUUUAUUGCCAGUGUUACAGCUGUUUUUGUUAUUCCAUAUAAAAGAAGUAGCCGGCAGCCUUAUAAAACUGAUGUUAAUGUAUUUAUGGAAAUAAUUUACUGCUGGGGGAAGAAAAACAAAUUCAAUCUAGUCUUUGGUUUUCUUUAAAUAUAGCCUAUAUUUUGAAUUAUAUAUUUGCGGGUAUAAGUAAUGUAAAUCUAAUUUAGUGGCAAUGUAAGUGAAAAGUCCAUACAUUUUAAAAACGGUUUUAAUUGUCUGUGAUGGGUUUAACUUCAGCUUAGUGUGGUCCACUGUCAAUACAUGAUUUUCACUUCUUGUGUUACAUUUAAAAGAAGAGUCUUACCCUCCCAUUAUAUGCUGUACAUAGGAAACAAUGGGUGCUGGUGGGGUCAUAUUUACUGCAAAACUGUUUUUUUUUAAAUUGUUUUAGUUGUGUAGUGAACACUUCAAAAUCAAUAUGAGAAUACAUUCUGGAAAACAAAUGCAGCUAAAUUACUGAUAAAAUGAUUAAGAAAAUGUGUUUCAUAUCCAUGGCUAUUACAAUUUAAAGGGUACAUAAGGACCUUUUAUUUUAUUGUGUUACAUGUUCCCAUGUGUUGCAUUUUGAUCACUUUUUAAAUUUCUAAAUUGCAUUUCCUGCCUCAAGAUGGCUUCACAUGUACCCUGAUUUCCGAUCAUUCUUCUGCUCACAUAUGUAACUGAGAUGGAUUUACCAGUGAGCAGGAGGAUUAUGGGAAAUGUAGUUCUGAGAGGUCCAUGCAGGUACAUGUGACGCCAUCUUGAGGCAGGGAAUGCAAUUUAAAAGUUAAAAAAGUGGUCAAAAUGUAAAAAAAUUAAUUUAAACAAUACACACACCAUACGUAAACAGUUGUAGCAACACAUGGGAACAUGUAACAUAAUAAAAAGGUCCUUAUGUACACUUUAAACUAAAACCCACACACUGCCAGAGUAUAAUACUGUAAUAACAUAUAUUUUUAAAUAUUGAACACUGAAGUUAGUUUUACAUUACAACUUUUAUAGCUUUACAAGCCAAAUAGUUUUUUUGAAUAUUUUUAGACCCACCACAGUACUAUUUUAAACAUUUAGUAGUGUUCAUUUAGUUCAAGACUUGUAGAUAGAACAAUUUAUAGUACUGUUGAACUGAAAAGGAAUGAUAAGCAAGGGUUUAAAACUUAAGAUGGUACCCAAUCACUUCCUGUGCUGUAGGUGACUGUGUACCAGGAAGCUUGUUUAUUUUACUUCAGUGUAGAUUAGACUUGAGAUCAUAAACAUGCCACUCGUUUUAAAGCAAGCUACAGAUGACAAUAGUAAGGAAAGUUGUUCUCCAUUUCAAUAUUUGACAUUUUCCAUGACAAACCACUUUCUGUUUUUAUUUUUGUUCUUAUAUAGCACACAACUUUAUCAGAAACAGAACUUGUUCACAGUCCACCUAGUUUACAUGCAUAUGUUUAUCUGGGGGAAUACAAGCGUCCUCUUUUAAAAACUACUGUUUCCUAUUUCCUAUUGUAAACAAGAUGAAUGAGUAAGCAUCCAAUGGAGAUUGAAACUAUACAAAAACACAUUAGUAUGAUGCGAAUACUUUACUAAAUAAAAUAAUACAUUGCAUUUAGCCACACAAGCAAGCAUUCAGAGCGAUAAAAACUAGCUUAGAAAUGAUAUCUAUUGUAGAAGUUCUUAUUUGCACUGAAGACAAUGGACACAAAUAACGCUACGACUUGGAGAGAAAAUAAUGUCUUGUAAAAAGUGUUAACAAAACUUUUCUUUUGUAUAUAAAAAUAUAUAUGUGCCUUCUUUCAACUGUCAGCAGAUGUUCUCUAUGUAGCUGAGAAAUGAACUAGACAAAAAAGCUGUCCCUGAACAGUGGAGGGGUGAGGGUGUGCUUGUGUACUGUAUUACAUGCUGCUCUUUAGGCAAGAGCAACCCAGUAAUAAAUGUUUUCUGAGUGCUUCA